AUCCCCCGGGCCUAUUCAGCAAUUGGAUCUGUAGGUGUCUUUUGGGGAUACGGCCAGCAGGAAGAGCCAACCAAACAGUUACUGCAUACCCACUGGUUAGAGUCAUGCAAAGCACGGGAGACAGAUUAAUAAUACACAGAUAAGAGCGAAGCAACGAAGAGCCACCGGUGUUACCUCAGCCUAGCCGACUCAGGCCGAUAAGUAAUCGAUCAGUUCUUCCUACUGCACCAUCUACAGUAUCUACAGAUCGAUCCUUGUCAAAGCAUCUAGCAUACACAGACUGGUGCACAGUUCAUGACCUGAACUUUGCACCCUUCUAUUCCCCACGCUGAUUUUGAUUUUCUCCUAUCUCCACUCCAUGAUCACUGAAGCGACGACCGGUCUACACAGACUACACGACUUGUUGUCUACGGGUAGUUUCUAUGCAUCGACGACGAAACGAAAUGGGGAGUGUUUGUUCAGGCGAGUUAUUUCUUCACUCUGAUCAGAGGAGUUUCUCAUGCGAAAAAAAGCACGAGUGAAUGUUGAGGUGGAACAAGAAGACGACACAGUUUGUUGAAUCCAUUGGUUGCAGACAUGAAUUAUCCCUUCACUAGAUAUUAUUGAGCUAGAAGUGACGAGUGGAAACUGUGGAAACUGCUCACAGGAAAUAUGCCGGCUAUUGCCACAAUUGCCCAGAUCGCUGAAAGCAAGUCAUCGGACGAAUUCUUUCGGCGACUACGCACUUACAUAGAAGAAAAGCCGGGUAGCAAUCCUAACACGAAAUGCGUCCGGAAAAUUCUAGUGCGGAUCGCCACCAUUCUUGAAGAGGAACGGGUUAGUGAUGAUGAGGUGAGGAUAUGUCUGCAGUUCAUACAGUACCUGGAUCAGACGGAUAGUGAGAUAAUGAAAUGGCUGAAUCUUGGCUUGACCGAGCUACUUGAGAAAGUCUUGGCAACGCUAACGAAGCCGGAUGAUCAGUUUGUUGCAAAAGCAAGGAAAGAUCUUCUCUACGGAUACUAUGAUAGGGUCAUGAUGCUGACAAAUUCUGCUGAUGCUAAAGGGAAGGAAUUGCUCAGAAACAGCGUUGUUCCAAAGUUAUUGACGAUGAGCUGCCAAGAGUGUCACUGCGUCCCAUCGCUAGUCGAGGGCAUGAAAGUUGUCAACUCUCUGCUUCAGUGUUGCCCAAUUCCAUCCUUGCACAGCCUGAGCGCCAAUCAAGGCGUCAAGAGCAGCCUACUGUCCAUGGGCCAGAAACUUUCUCUUUUGGGAGAUAUGGAACUCCAGAUGGGAUUUGUAGAAGGAAUCUUCCGCUUGACGACCCGGGAAGAGCGAGAGCGAUUGGGCAGUCACUGUUUCCAUUAUGAACGCAUAACUGGCCACUUCCUGAGCAUCAAGGAUACGGAGUUUGAACCGGACUGUAGGCGCUUUCUCAAUGCACUCAAUGGCUCUAUGGCGAACAGCAGCAAAAGGGUUAUUACACUGCCGUGCUGUUCAGCCUAUGUUGGUGACGUUCAGCUGCAGCGACCAAAAGACAAAGGCUUGAGCGACUUCUGGGUGGAUUUCAACCCAAGAAGUCUGUCCAUGACAUUAUUUAUCCAAGACACGGCUGUAGAGAGUGAUGUUUGGGAUACGGUAGCUGUGUGCAAAGAGAAUGUCAAAUCAUUUCACCUGACUGAGGGAAUCAAUGAAGGUCAUCAGCUAACUAUCCAGCUCUCGGAAGCCCUGACACACAUAUCUAACAGCCACCAGGUCAAGAUAUUCUUGAAGAAGGAGUAUGAUCCGAGAGCAGCUUUGUAUCAGGUCUUUGGAAAGGAGCUAGAAAAGAGUGGCUUGGCCAAGAAAAGGGUCAAUCGAAUGUCUGUGGCCAUUGCUUCACUGCUAAUCAGUGGUGGAAAAACAACUAUAUCUGAAAGUCCUGUCAAUAGUGCACCAAACAGCCAAGCAAGUCCUCCUGCUCAGCAAUCUCCGAUCAUACCGAGACAGGCCCUGUAUGCUACGCCUAAUAUCAAAUCAACUCUCAAGACACCGAAGACAUCGACACCCAUAAGCCCCUGCUCACAGCAGGCUCCACACUCUAACUUGCCAGUGAUCACGCAAGUAACUACCCACCUACCACUGCAGCCCAUACCAGAUGGUCACGAGGAGGACGAAUCCCCUAUUAUGUCCUCUGCUCCAGCUCCGCUUUCAAUGAACGCCACUAGUUUGCCCGACAUUGACCGCACCAUAAGCAAAAAGCUGGAUGAACAAUCAAUCUGCUCUCGGCAUGAAGAGCAGCCAGACUCUGAAUCAUUCCAGUUUGAAAGCACAUUUGAAAAGAGACAACACACCAUGAAAAGCUCUCAAUGCACUGCGUCUAAGAAGAGAGCGUCGAGAACAAAGAAGGGAACUUCGAAAAAACCAAGCACUACCACACGGGAAACAAAGGUUCCACUUGAGAAAGAACGUGCUGUGGUUCCGGCAGCUAGACGCCCUUCUACAACCAAAAGGAAAUCGGUGGAUGAUGUGAACACGAAUGUUAACAAGAAGUCUCUUUCUCCGUUUAGCUUUCCCGGGGAUGAUCAGUGUGAACUACCACAGCCCAAGAAAGGGGGCAAAGUAGCACGACUGCAAUCAUCGCGUUCUAAGAAAAAGCCAAACGUGGCACACAGCACCAAAAGGACAACCAAGACCAAGAAAGAUUCUACCAAGGAUUUGGAGGAAUUUCCAGAGCCCAUCCAGAAUAUGACCAGCAAUAUGCAAGUGUCUCCACCAAGAGAUCUGCUACCACUGAGGGAUGACACAAAGGAGCAACAAAGCUCAGAUCUGCCGAAAACACAAGAAGCAUAUGAACUGUCAUCCUCAGCUGGUGAUUGUGUGAUCGAUGACGAGGAAUAUGAGAGGCAGACUUCUUCGCCGCAGGAGCCCAUCCAGAAUAUGACCAGCAAUAUGCAAGUGUCUCCACCAAGAGAUCUGCUACCACUGAGGGAUGACACAAAGAAGCAACAAAGCUCAGAUCUGCCAAAAACACAAGAACAGUUAGCAUAUGAACUGCCAUCCUUAGCUGGAGUUUGUGUGAUCGAUGACGAGGAAUAUGAGAUGCAGACUUCUUCGCCACCUCUUUUGUCUGCUGGCAUUGAUUCCCUUAACACUAGAAAGAGGCCAAAGGAAAGGAAGAGAAGUUUGCAGCAGGCUUGCAACGAAACGGCAAAUGAACAGCAAGCGCCCUGCAUCGAUCCCUUUGACGAUCCUGGAAGAAGAUCAGCAGAAUUCAACGUAGCAUCACAACAGUCGGACCAACAGCCAACAAGUGCCUCACCAUCACUGCCACCACCUCCACGCUCACGUAGGGCACGUCCUGCUGUCAAUUACGACACAAGCACACCACCUACGAUCGCUUCACCAUGCAACACCAAACCCCCCACACCCUGCUCUGUGAGAGUUGAAAAGCUGCGGUUCGAGAGAUUGCCAUCAAGCGAACCUACCGCGAUAUCAAGACUUCAGCUAACAGCCAGUAACAUCCUGGAAGAUUUCAAUUCUAGCAUGCUGGAUGUAAUGGCGGCAGCGGAUCCUGUUCUGGAAGCGUCAAGAAACGGAAAAUGCGCUACUCCGAAAGAAAGAAGUGAGGCAAGCAAAGGUGCAAGAAGAGGGAAAAAGAAGAAUGCAAAGUCCCUGGAUGAUUCACCUCUCCUGCUACUGCCUUCGUCCCCGGCUGAAUACGUGAAUGGACCUGGACACAACCUUUACGCUCUGAGGGAAUCAAUGUCAAAUCCUACCACCCCCAGGCGCAGGGACAGAGAAUUAAGUGAAGAGUCUAGCACUAGUGAAGCUGACAAUAGUCGAAACUUCACCGUCAAAGAAACCGAACAGCCCAAGUCCAACAAGGCAACGCGCGACUCCGGAGUCGGAUGCUCCUACUACCAUUUAUCUCCUCAAACUCCUGGUGGAAAAUCAAUGGUGGCCGCUAAGAAACGAUCUCAUACACCUCGCCUGAGCACCCCUAGCCUAACAUUUGAGUUGUCUCCCGCUGUCCGCCCUUCAAAGAAGCGAGACCGAGCUGAUAUGACCAGGAUGGAGGAUGCGGAGGAGCUGAGGCAAGUAAAGAGAAGAAAGCCAUCCACGGGACCAUCUCUUCAAGCAUCUGUGAAAAGAAGACCUGAGAUGACUCUGAAGCAUAGCGCCUGCAACCUGUUAGCUUCCUCUGAAGAGGAGGCCGAGGAGGAUGUUGGUGCAGAUUUCCUGGGAUUGAAUCUGCUCUCCGACAAUACAUCUCAGUCGUCGUUUGGACAACCUCAUAUUCAAGGAAAUGACAUUCAGUCUCUUGUGCAAAGCUUUGGUGUUGGCGUGUCCGACUCCUUCAAGUCUAAGCAACAGGUGAUGACAUCAUUCACUCGGUCUAUGUCAAACUAUGUUGUCAACUUGGUGGACGAGUUUUGGGAUGAUAAUACGCGUGAAAGGAGUCAGGCUCUGUCUACUUUCAAGCAAUCUGUGUCACCACACCUACGCUCACUGGAAAAGGAAUUCCAAGCGCAACAGAAUGCUCAAGAGAAGAUCAUCGCGAUGAUGAAGGAAUCGAUUGCAUCUUUGCAGAAUACCAGGCAAUCUCAGGGCGAAAGCCUGUCAGCUCUCAAGAGUAAGCUAGUGGCUUAUGUUACCAACAUGGACAAGAUGGCUUCAAGGCACAGGGAGCGUAAGGUAUCUCUGCAGCGGUCACUUCUCAGUAAAAGUCGCCACGAGCAAGAGAAAAUGCAACAGCAAAUUACAAAGAUGCAAGUGGAUCGUAUUCGCAAGUCCCUCCGGGCCACAAUAAUGAACGUGUGAAAAAAUUAACACAGUACAAGAGUACAAGAUGUAACCCCACAGCAUCGAGCUCUUUCCAAGGUAUUCCAGCACACACAGCACGAAAGCCAACACGGCCAAACUAGUAAUCCAUUCAACGACUUAUCUUUUCUCUGUUUAGCCCUGGCUCUUGGUAUGAUAGCAGUUGGCAUGUUGACAUAUUUUCACGGAAUGGAAGCAAAUUAUCAAGCCAAUUCCGGGAAGACACUGUUGCCUUUUUAUUGGGCGGCAUAUUUAUUUCCAUAACAUAGUCCACUUGAGUACUUUAAAAAGGCAUAUCCAUGCAAUGCAAUACCAUACCAAGUUUACAGACAUGUCCAAGAAAGCAGUUUGAUUUAUUUUGCUCUCUCUUUCCUGAGUUUAAAAGAAUUUGAUGGCAUGACACUUAUAACUCUACUCAUAUUGCAUUCAGUUGCCCAUGCACUCUGUAAUCCUUUCGAUACUCCAAGCACUGAAUUUAGUCAACAUAUUGAA